UCUCCCUAUAAUCAGAUGAGCUGUAAUUAGAAAAUCCUCCUCACACUGCUGCGUCUUACUCAACUACUGCCAGAAUACAGCAUCGAAAAAUGGUUAAGGUUCAUAGGCAGCUCAUUGUUUUAACGGAGCUUUUAUUCUUUGCGUCAGCUGCAUGCUUCUCCUAUCAUCCAGCAAGGAUGGGAAACUUCAUGUCCACUAGGGCUGGAAGGUUUUCAAACCAGGCCUGUACUCAGUUUAUCCAGGAUGUGGUGUCUCAUAACUGCGUUGUUAUAUUCUCCAAGACAACGUGUCCUUAUUGCAAGAUGGCCAAGAAUGUCUUUAAUCAAAUAGGAGCCACCUAUAAGGUCCCGAGAGUCUUUAUCAAUGGACAGUGCAUUGGAGGAGGCUCUGAUACACGACAGCUUCAUGAACAGGGCAAACUGUUGCCACUCAUUGAGAAGUGUAACCCGUGCUGCUUAAAUAAUGCUGCAGAGGGAUCAGGGAGUGGACAAUAUGUUUCAUAACUGUUCAUUAAUUUAUGCACUGUUAUUUACCAUCCUCCUGCAGCCCAGAUGAAUUAAAUCAGUGAGUACUGAGAUAAAGAACUAGUGACUGGCAUCCGGGUUUCAUUAUUUUGGUGUAUUUUAUUUUUUGUUAAAAGUGUUCCUACCUCAGUACUAUUUAGUCAUGUUUAGUUUUUAAAAUAAAGUAAUAGUGUAAUGAAUGCCUUUUUGACAAGCAUGUGGAAAUGUAUUAAUUCUCUGAAGAUGAUAAAAUAUUGCUGCAUACAAACGCCAGAUCGUUACAGCGCACUUGUUUAAUUGCAUAGAGAUCUGUGUCUGUUACGGCUGUUUAGUGGGUGUGGUUUAAACAAAUUUUGUUAACAUGAUGACAAGAUUGCAAAGAAAUUUUUGUUAUCCAAAAAAGUUGUUGCUAAGGCAAGGUAAACAAUUAGGAAGGCAAGUGUGGCAGAAUUCUGCUGUACCUCAUGCAGUGUGGCUCUGAGAUGAAGGAAUUACAUUAGGCUAUGAUGUGGAAUGAACCAAAAAUCUAGUCCAUUUAACUACACAUAUUUUAAAUUAUUAAAGAAAAUUAACUAGA